AUGAUUAUUGAUCCAACACUUCCUUUCUGUUCUCUUGAUUUCAGGGAAGGAAUUGUUGAUCAGGGUGCUCUCACCAUGACUAGUACUGCUAAGAAAAAUCAAACUGGCCACAAGCACGAUUUCGAGUUGAUCAAAAGCUAUAACAAACCGUUCACUUGUGCUGAAUGCAAGGAGGAAGGCUUUGGACCUAGAUACAGAUUUCCUAGGAAACAGUCCACGAAAUGUUGCAUUGCUUGUGGGAGGAACAUAUGUGGCUCUUUCUACCACGACAAAGCAAAGGGAUGGAGCUUGCACCCUUGUUGUUGCAACCUCGAAAGUAAACUAUGCAUCGAUGGUGUGAAUUUCGAGCUUCAUGACAAGGUGUUAUCAAAGUGCAUGUGGUGCAACAAGAAAGACCACAAAACUAACAUUCCGGGCUGGUCUUACGUUUCUGCUUGUAAGAAGUAUCACUUUCACGUACACUGUGUGACUGAAAUGGUUCAUGAGGCAUGGAAGAAAGGGGUUAUUGAUAAGGUUGAUUCCGUUGCAUUAGAGGAGAUGGAUCUAAAACUCUUACGUAAUUCGAACAAGUACGAUGGUAAAGGUUUAAAGAAUAUUAUAUGGAAGACAGUGAAGAUAUUCCUCAAGACUAUAGUUGGUAUUCUUUUUGGGGAUCCAUCAGUGAUUAUUGCGUCUAUGUUGGAAGAGUUAAUCACAGACUAA